ACUUACCACUUAUUUCCAAAUCUCUCUCUCUAGAAAUGAAGCUCUCUAUGCGUUUGGUCUCAGCUGUUCUCAUCAUGUUCAUGAUAUUCGUCGCCACAGGGAUGGGUCCAGUCACGGUGGAGGCACGCACGUGUGAGUCAAAGAGCCAUAGGUUCAAGGGUCCAUGCGUGAGCACACACAACUGCGCAAACGUGUGCCACAACGAAGGCUUUGGAGGAGGUAAAUGCCGUGGAUUCCGUCGUCGUUGCUACUGCACCAGACAUUGCUGAUCCAUCCAUUCUCAUGACUCAAAUCUUUGAUCAAUCGUCGUGUGUUACUUCUUUCUUAUCUAAAUCUUCCGUACAGUACCAUGUGGUACCGUACAUGAGUGUGUUCCUCAAUAAGUCUUUGGUGUUUUGUGUGUUUCCGGUUUUAAUGUAAUGUUAAAUCAAUGAAUGGCUUUUAU